AUGGCGGGAGCCUUAUCAGUUCUAAAGCGUAUAUACCUCACCGUUUACAACUGGAGCGUCUUUUUGGGAUGGUUUCAAGUAUUGUAUCUGGCUUUGAAGACUCUCAAAGAUUCGGGACACGAACAUGUCUACGAUGCAGUCCAAAAGCCUCUGCUUUACGCUCAAUCUGCCGCCGUUUUGGAGACUAAAUUUACAAUUCAAUUAAUACUCUUCAAGAUUCUUCAUGGGCUAGUAGGUUUGGUAAGAUCGCCAAUUACAGCAACACUGCCACAGAUAGGUUCAAGGUUGUAUUUAACUUGGGGCAUCUUGUGGAGUUUCCCUGAGACUCAGACCCAUAUACUUGUUAGCUCUUUGGUCAUCAGCUGGUCUAUUACUGAGAUCAUUCGAUAUUCUUUCUUUGGCACGAAGGAGGCACUUGGCUCUGCACCUUCCUGGCUCUUGUGGCUCAGGUAUAGCACCUUUUUGUUGUUGUACCCAACUGGCAUUACAAGUGAAGUUGGUUUGAUAUAUGCUGCCUUGCCUUAUUGUAAGGAAUCCGAAAAAUAUUGUGUAAGGAUGCCCAACAAAUGGAAUUUCUCUUUCGAUUACUCCUAUGCUGCAAUUCUUGCCCUUGGAAUCUAUGUCCCAGGCAGCCCACACAUGUACAGCUAUAUGCUUGGGCAGAGGAAGAAAGCACUAUCCAAAACAAAAAGAGAGUAGACUGGUGACACAAAUUUGUGUCAGGAGCUCAGUUUAUCAGCAUUUUGUCGGUGUAGCAAUGUAAUUUCUUCAAUUCUAUUUAUUUAUGUUAAUUACAUCUGUUUUUGUCUUUUUUUUUUGGUGAUUCCAGAAGAAAUCUAAAUACUGUCACUCAAAUGUGUUCAAAAAUGGAGGAAGAAAUGGAUAUUUACUACUUAUUGGGGACAAAAGAUGAGAAGAAUAAAAUUGUCUGUCACAUUAUAAAUGG